UCAUAAAGGUUAAUGAAGGUAUUUUAAUUAAAAACAUUCACUCAUACCUUAUUUUAAAAACAAUUCGAGAUAAGCUAAUAAUGCAAGCAGAAGCAGUUGCAGCUGAGGAAACUGAGGCCGAGACUGAGCCACAGAAACACGAGAAGAAAUUGCUCCAUUUAGAGUUCAAUUUCAAGAGGCAAUCAAUUGGAGCCUCUGGCAAUGAAAGUCACUGGCACAGCGUGAAAGAGGCUCUACUCUUGCUUCCAGAAUGUUCUGGAACCUUCCGACUGGGACUGGGAUCUGACACCAUUCCUGGUAUGGGGACGGUGCAAACUGUGUACAUUUCUCACACCACUGAGCGCAAAACGCUGAGAGAAGUUGUUUCGCAGGUUUUGUUCGGCUGGGAGGGGAGCAGCAGACUGGCCAUGAUGGUUGUGAAUCCGAGGAACAGGGCCCACCUGGUGUGCAAGUGGACUGAGAGUGUCUACCCAGAAGACCUCAUCGAAGACGAAGUGGAGCAGCACAUCAUAGGGCCAUAGAAUAGAACAUACUGCUGUUCAUCUC